UUGGCUGCGGGGGCGGCUGGGGCGAGAAGAUGGCGGCCGGCGGCGGCGCCGGUACCGGGCCCGGCCCGGGCGGCGAGAAGAUGGCGGCGGGGGGCAGCACCGGCACCGCUAACGGCCCGGGCGGCGCGUGCCGGCACCACGAGCAGCUGGCGGCCUGCGGCUCCCGCGCCAAGUACCGCGAGGGGCGGCGGCCGCGGGCCGUGAAGGUUUAUACUAUCAACUUGGAAUCUCGUUAUUUGCUAAUACAAGGAGUUCCGGCGUUAGGUGUUAUGAGGGAAUUAGUGGAACAAUUCGCGUUAUAUGGUGCCAUUGAAGAGUAUCACGCUCUAGAUGAAUAUCCAGCAGAGCAAUUUACUGAAGUUUAUCUUAUAAAAUUCCAAAAACUCCAGUGUGCAAGGGUGGCCAAGAAAAAAAUGGAUGAACGAAGUUUCUUUGGUAGUUUGCUGCACGUGUGCUACGCUCCAGAAUUUGAAACAGUCCAAGAAACUAGGGAGAAGUUGCAGGACAGAAGAAAGUACAUAGCAAAAGCAACAAAUCAAAGAGAUUGCUUUGUGUUAAAGAAGAUAGAGGGGCCUAAGAAGACCGACUCUGCAUACUGCCAUCAGUGGAGUACCUCAGGAUCAUGUGCAACUAGUGACUGGGAUCCAUCCUGCUUUCCAGGUUCUCAUGGGGUAUCCCAAAACAUGGGAUAUCCUUCUGGGAGUCAGAAUCAGAGCCUGUUGACAUUUCCCCAGUAUGACAGCCACAGUGCUGAAACUUCUGGGUACUUUGGUCAAAGCACAUCACUAACUGGAAACGUGCAUCCAGGAGGACAUGGUCCUCCUGCGUCCUUAAUUCAGCAAAGAACAGUUGCAACUGACAGUGGGAUUGGUAGGUUUAUGCCUCGUACAACCCACCUGCAGGAACGUAAGAGGAAGAGAGAAGAAGGUAACAAAUUUGCUCUCCUUGAAACAAAUACGGAUAAUACUGAAGUCAUUAUUGGCCCGCAGCUACCAGAAAUACCUAAGGUGGAUAUGGAUGAUGAUUCAUUGAAUACUUCAGCUACGUUAAUUCGAAAUAAAUUGAAAGAGGUAGCAGAGUCUGUUUCAAGAACACCUGUGGAAAACCCAGACAAUAGUUCCACCAAGCCACUUGUAAAGCAGAGAAGAAGAAUAUAGAUACUGCUAGCAGCAUCUUUCUACAGCCUUUUAUAAAGGAUAUAAUUUAAAAUACUUCAUUUUUUAAUGUAAAAAAACAAAAGUAACUUAUAUUGCAUUUCUGAGCAAUUCCCUGUUAAAAACUGUAUCAGUUUAUGUCUUCUGGAAUGAACAAAGCAGUAUGAUACUGUAGCAAUCUUGUCCUGUGCACCUCAUAAUAAAAUAAAUGUGGUUAGGCAGUUUAAUAUAAGCAAAUUCUAUUUAUUCAAUUUUUUUUACAAUAAAGCAAUAUUGAAAUCAA